UCUCGUAAAUCCUCAUUGAACUGAAAUCUUCAAUGCUUUUCCCUUCCUCAGCCUCGUCACCCAAUCACACGUCCCCUUAGCUGACGUAUACCGGAGCGCUCCCCCGGCAUAGUCACGUGACUCGUCCCAAACCGAGCUUAGCUUAGCUUUCUCCAUCGGAACAGACCAGUCAACCCGGGCAGCAACGAGAAAUUUAUCAUCACCUUCAACCUCAUCAUCCAAACUCCACCACCGCCCACCGACGUCAAUUGACCCUUUCCUCCUCGACAACCGGGAAAAGAGAAAACACAGCAAAAAUGUUCCGAUCAGCAGUCCUCCGAUCCGUCCGCGUCGCCGCCCGUCCCGCCAUGCGCUCAUUCGCCGUGGCGCCCCGCGUCGCUACCGCCGCUGUCCCCAAGAUCCAGAGCUUCCAGGCCGUGCGGUUCUACAGCGCUGGCGGUGCGCUCAACAAGGAGGAGGUCGAGGGUCGAAUUAUGAGCUUGUUGAAGGGUUUCGACAAGGUUAACGAUGUCUCCAACAUCGGUACCAGCGCUCACUUCGCCAACGACCUCGGUCUUGACUCUCUCGACACCGUUGAGGUCGUCAUGGCCAUUGAGGAGGAAUUCAGCAUUGAGAUCCCCGACAAGGACGCCGACUCCAUCCACUCCGUCCAACAGGCUGUCGAGUACAUCCUGAACCAGCCCGACGCCAACUAAACGUAUAUCUCCCAAACCACCACCCCUCUUUCUUCCUCCUCAUUGUACAAUUACCACUCUCAUGACCACCGGAAUCCUUCCUCGGCAGGAUUUAAAAGACGCCGAUAAAAAGCCAGCGGGGGACAGUGAAGGUGGUGGUGGUGGUGGAAGAAAAGAUAUAAAAACGCAAUAUAACGCAUCAAGUUAUUUUUUAAUCUCGGCGCACCAUGAGACGGUUCAUUGUUUUCCAGACGGUCGUGGAGGAGAGAGCCACAGGAGGAGAGAUGAGGAGACGUUUGAAUGAAAGACCUGACGAGUGUUCGGCUUGAAGUGUAUGCUUGACGACCUUCUUCACUGCUCAAAGGAAUGCCACGAUUGGCAGAUCCCUGGUUUUCAUACUGUGAAGCAGUGAAUAGGGCGAAUGGGAUGCAUUGAGUUCACUGAGUUGACGAAGGGUAGAUGGUGGAAUCUCUACUCUGUGGCUUUGUAUAGUGUAUAGAAACGCCCAAUUUCUCUACGUACAUCCUGUGACUGCUCCCUGUAGAGCUCACAUAGCCGCUAUUCCCGAUAUCCCCAUCUCCACCUGGGAGCAUGACUAGUACGCAGGCCUCAGUAUCACGUAGACAGCCAAAGAUCUGCCGAGAAUCAACAUUACAUCACCGCAGAUGGCUGGGUACUAAGUAAAUCCAGUGCCAACAGGCCCGGUGAACACGCAAUGUCCAUUAUGCAUCCUCCCAUACAUGCAGCU